GUCCUUCCUGUCUUCCUGUCUUGUUUGUUUUCCGUCUGUUGGUUUGAACAUGGCGGUCGUGUUGUUACGGAGGUCGGCGUCCUCUCUGUUGUUUACCAGAAGGUUAUAUGGCCCGCAGCUUAGUGCUGCCUGCUCAUACCACAAAAAGGUGGUGGACCACUACGAAAACCCAAGAAAUGUGGGCUCUCUGGAUAAAAACGCAAAGAACGUGGGGACUGGCUUGGUGGGAGCUCCAGCCUGUGGUGAUGUUAUGAAACUUCAGAUUGAGGUGGAUGAAAACGGAAAGAUCGUUGAUGCAAAAUUCAAGACAUUUGGCUGCGGUUCAGCCAUCGCCUCCAGUUCUUUAGCAACUGAGUGGGUAAAAGGGGAAAUCGGUGGAUGAAGCUCGAAGAUCAAGAAACACAGACAUGCCAAGAAACUGUGCCUUCCCCCAGUCAAACUUCACUGUUCUAUGCUUGCAGAAGAUGCCAUAAAAGCUGCGCUGUCAGAUUACAGACUAAAACAGGACAAGAAGUAGAGGUGUGUUGGUGUUAGUAUGUAACACACUGAUGCCUCACCUCCAGUCCUGUAACAUGUGAUAGCAGCGCUGCAUGGGAGACUGGUUACCAGAAUACUUCAUCAGAUCUCAUCAGAUCUUGUACAGCUCUAAGAGUUGUAUUCCUUUUAAAUAUCUUCAUCUAAGUUGGGGUAUGCACAUGGUGAUUAAGGCCCUACUUGUUUCCUUAUAACAAGUAGUUCAUUCAAAGAUGCUGAUUUUGGAGCUUUGGGUUUGUAACAAGUCUGUUAAAGCAUUUUGAUUUAAUUUAUUUUAGAAAGGAGCUCAACAAUGUUCCUAGUUUGGGUUUUUACAAAGGAGAUGAGUAAUAAAUAAGGAAUUACAGGUUUAUGUUUUUGUACAUUUUUGGCAUUAAGACUUUAUUUUGGCUUGAUUGUACAAAUUCACCAGUCAGUCAUGGAGGAUUCAGUAUGAAAAGAACAAUAUAUUCUAUAUAAAGCGGAGCCAAUAUACACAUAUCAGCAUUAUACAGAAUAUUGUGUGAAAUUGUGGGCUUGUUGUGAACUUAUUAAGAAUGAAAUUAAUAAAGAAUAAACAUUUUUUCAGUGUG